CGUGUUCAUUUAUUAUUUAUACCUUUCUCGCUCCAAUUUUCCCUUCAAAUCUCGUUAAACAUGAAGCGGAACUGCAACUUGGAGCUUUGCCUUCUUCCUCCUUCUUCCACUACCGCCGCCUUAGAGGAGGAGUACAGCGGCCGCCGCCACCGCCACCACCACCAAAACAUAAUGGAUCAAGAGUCGAGUUCAAGCCCACAUUACAUUAAUCAGCGGCCGCAACAGUUAACCAUUUUCUACAAUGGAAGGGUUUGCGUUUGCGACGUUACAGAAUUUCAGGCGAGAAACAUUCUAUUGCUGGCGAGUCGAGAAAUGGAAGAGAGAGUAAAAACGCCGACGGGAUCAGAACCGGCGUCGCCGUCUCUACCUUCUCAGUUAUACAGCCCGCCUUCAACUUCUGGUCUUUCCAUGAAGAGAUCUCUUCAACGUUUCCUGCAGAAGAGAAAGCACAGAGCUGCAGCAACAUUUCCAUACGGACAAUGAUGAAACUGAUAAUUAGUUAUAAAUUUUAAUUAUACUGAAGAUGAGAAAUCAUUAACAGGCCGUGUACAUUUAUCGUUUUUCUUGUGCGUUCAUCAUGAAUCACGAUCAGAGGAAACUACUGCAGUGGGUUUGUAUUUUUUUUUUUUCCUCCUUUAAAUAUCUUGAUUAAUUAGUGAUAGUCACAAAACUUUCUAUAAAGUACUAGGCAUUUAAGGUUA